UUUCUCAGUCACACCGAGACUGAGAGAGAGUAGCUUCCCAGAGAAGACAAUGGCGAAUAUGCCGAUGGAUAUCGUCACCGACGUCUUCCUCCGUCUCCCCGCUUCUAUGCUGGUCCGAUGCCGCGUCCUCUCGAAGCCUUGCUUCUCUCUCAUCGACAGUCCCGACUUCGUCGCAUCGCAUCUCAAACGCACGCUCGAAACCGAAGAGCACCUCAUGAUCUUGCUGCAAUCCGAUCGCCUUUUACGUACGGUGUACCUCGACGCACCGGAUAAACUCUCCGACGUUGAGAAUCCUUUGCCAACCGGUGGUUUCACGGAGGUUUUCGGUUCGGUUAACGGUUUGAUCGGUUUAACCAACUCUCCUGUUGAUUUAUCGAUUUUCAAUCCAUCGACUCGCAAAAUCCACCGCUUACCGUUCGAGCCUAUCGAUUUCCCUCAACAUUCCAUCACUCGGCAGUAUGUGUUUUACGGAUUAGGUCACGAUUCGGUGAGUGAUGAUUACAAAGUCGUGAGGAUGGUUCAGUGUAAGCAUAAAGAUGGUGCUGGAGGUUAUCCUUACGAAAUCAAAGUUUUCAGCUUAAAGAGUAACAAAUGGAAGAGAAUCCAUCUUCGCUUUGAGGUUCAGAAUCUCCUCGUCCGCUUCUAUUACAAUCUAACGUAUCGUAGUGGGAAUGGUGUUCUUGCUAGCAACAGUUUUCACUGGAUUCUACCUCGAAGUGAAGGAUAUAUCGAAUUCAACACUGUCAUCAGAUUUGAUCUUUCCUCUGACGAUCUUGGUGUCCUUAGCUUCCCAGAGGAGCUUUACCAUGAAGAUUAUAUGGAUAUAGGUGUGUUAGAUGGCUGCCUUUGCUUGAUGUGUUACUGCGAUUUUAGCCAUGUGGAUGUUUGGAUUCUGAGUGAGUAUGGAGGAAAGUGGAGUAAGUUCAUUACGGUGCCGACAUCGAAGACUGUGGUUUCGUUAGAGUUUGUGAGACCUUUGGUCUACUCUAAGGACAGGAGCAAGAUUUUGCUGGAGAUAAACAAUGGGAAGCUCUUUUGGUUUGAUUUGGGGAGUAAGAGUUUUGAAAUGCUUGUGAUAAAGGGUUAUGAUGAGGAUCGUCCAUGGAACGUAGAAAUUGUUGUGAGUAGCCUUGUUUUGGGAUGUAAAGGUGAUCCUCGCAGAGCUCGAGAAAAGAAAAUGAUGCAGAAGGUCAACAAAAGGAGGGAUGAUUUUCUGUCCAAGGGAUUCAAACUCAAGUUAUAAGAAAAGCAGGGGAACUUCAAUGCCCAACACUUUAUAAAGGUGCAGGGCCGUAAGAGGGAGAAGAAAUUGCUUGAAGCAACUUUAUCAAAUCCUAAUCCUAUAUUAGAUGAUCUUAGUACUAUUUAGCUUAACCUAUGUAGUAGAAGGUAUAUUCACGAAGAAAAGACUGUGUCCUACGCUCUGUAGUUGGUUGAAUUUAUAAAAUCCAAGAAUGUAGUAAAAUU